GCACCUGAGCGUUUUCACCAACACCCUUUCUUCUGACCCAGUGAGCCUGGAAACCACAAACCCUCAUUGGCCCCAGGGGAGUCAGCCUCUUUCUUCCCUCUGAAAAAGAGUGUGUUUUAGACCAGGAGGGGCUAGUUAGUUGGUGCCAGCUUCCCAACCCUAGACACAGAGUUUCUGCUGACAGCCCCAAUCCAGCCAGAGAUCUGUUCUGUAGCACUGGAGCUGGAGCUGGUGUGGGCCCAGGAGGUGGAAUGCUGCCCUCCCAGGACUAGGCCCAGUGGCAUUAGGUCCCUGCAGGGGCAGGUAGGACUAGCAACUGGGAGAGGUGCCCCAGACACUUAGGGCCCUGGCUGGGGAAGGUGAUUCAGUGUGGUGGGAGGAGGGCUUCUGGAACCAGGAACUGCAGCCUAAGUUGGAGCUACCUUACCUCCAUGUCACCUGGAGAAAAACUGGACCCAAUUCCAGACCGCUUCAUCCUGCAGCCGCCAGUCUUCCACCCGGUGGUUCCUUAUGUCACAACAAUAUUUGGUGGCCUGCACACAGGCAAGAUGGUCAUGCUUCAGGGAGUGGUCCCUCGAGAUGCACACAAGUUUCAGGUGGACUUCCAGUGUGGCUGCAGCCUGUAUCCCCGACCGGAUAUUGCCAUCCACUUCAACCCUCGCUUCUACACCACCAAGCCCCAUGUCAUCUGCAACACCCUGUAUGGUGGACGCUGGCAAAAGGAGGCCCGGUGGCCCCACCUGGCCCUGCAGAGAGGGUCCAGCUUCCUCAUCCUUUUCCUCUUUGGGAAUGAGGAAGUGAAGGUGAGUGUGAAUGGACAGCACUUUCUCCACUACCACUACCGGCUCCCACUGUCUCGUGUGGACACCCUGGGCAUAUUUGGUGACAUCAUGGUGAAGGCUGUUGGAUUUCUGAACAUCAAUCCAUUUGCAGAGGGCAGCAGGGAGUACCCAGCUGGACAUCCUUUCCUGCUGAGGAGCCCCAAGCUGGUGAGUAAGCCUCCCUCCUCCUUGGCCUGGAGGUACAGCUCCUGGCCUGCCCCAUGGGCAGGAGGGUUGGGCAGAGGCUGGAGAGCUGCAGAGGAGGUGCCCUGCUUACAUGCUCUUCCCCAGGGUCUCUGGCCUGGGCAGAUCAUCGUGGUGCGGGGACUGGUCUUGCAGGAGCCAAAGGAGGUCAUGGACUUCCAAGUGUCUUCCCAAAGCUGGAGAGGAUCCACACGAGACCCUGAAAGGCCAGCCAAGAGCAGGCUUCCCCCACUUUGCCUCACCCCCUGCAUGCUUCAUGUCCUGCUCCCACUGCUUCCUGCUGAGGAGCCGGUCAGCAGCCGCCCAGGGGCAGAGCUGCAAAGAAGGACACUCCAGAAGCUCCAGGACAUGAAAAAGAAUCAGGCUGCCCUAUUGGGGAGGCAGGUGCCAAGCAAUAGAAAAAAAAACCCACUUCUGGAGUCAUGAAUUCUAAUUCAUGUCCCAGCCUGACAGCAAAAGCUCUGACCAGUGAGAGAGCAAGUCACUCGACUUCUCAUCCUCAUCAGCUAAAUGGUGAGAGGACCUCACAGCACAGACAUGGGGAGGACACCUGCCAAGUCCCAGGAAUCACUAGUGCUUGCAUUGUCCCCAUCGUUCCUAUCUGUGUGUGCAUAUGGCCCUAUGAGAUAGCUAUUGUAUUAUACAGUAAUAUUUUUUGAACAAUAGUUCUCAUCGGAGUGCUUGCUAUGUGCAGGUGCUGUUCUAAGCACUUUACAUGUAUUAAUUCACUGAAUUCUUAUAACCACCCAAAGCGGGUACAAUACGAUUAUUAUCCCACAUCCAGAUGAGGAAACUGAGGCACAGAGAGAUUUAAGGGACUCGACCAAUCUCACAGGACUAGAAAGUAGCAGAGCUAGGGUUGAACCUGGGUAGCCUGGCUCUAACCACUAAGCUAUUGGCAAAACAUUUAAGGUAAUACCUGACACUUAGUUGGCAUUCAAUAAAUAUUAGCAACUACUAUUAUUAUCCCCAUUUACAGGGGGAGAAACUGAGGCUCAGGCUAGGUGAUUUCCACCUCACCCUCCCAAGCCAUAGUCCUCCCAUCAGUAGAUGGCAACACAGGGAUUCAAUUUCAGGUUCAUCUGGGACUCUUUACUCUGAGCUGUUCUGUGUCCAAGCGUCCAGCCCUGGGCCUGUCAUAGACCUUAGAGGCAGAAGCUUUUGGAGGCAGAAGCUUCUGGCCACAUGCCCGCCUCAGCCCUCCCCUCAGGACUCAGUGAUGGCCUCAGAGCAGCAGAAACUGGUCCUCUCCUCCCUCC